AUGGAUGGGACCUUCUCUGGGCCGAUAAUGAUGAAAUCUUUUGAUUAUGGCCUUAAAUAUACUUCUCUAUCCAGUGUUCCAAUAGGAGUUUUGAAAUCCUGUUAUGAUCCAGAGAACAACAAUAUGCUGUCCACCUGGAACAUAGUACAUCCAAAGAUCCCAGGCCAAAGCUGGAAAACUUAUAUCCAAAUUCCACCUUCCAGGCCUAAUUUCGUCCAUUACACAGAAAGCUCUCAAACCUUUUCCAUUCCAGACUUCUGCCACAGGACCAUUGAUGGAGACCAUCAUUCCACAUCCCAUGGUACAACUUCUAGAGUGGACCACUCGCAUGUCACUGCAACGGACUGCAACCCCAUUAUACCUUUCCAGGUUGGAAAUGGGCGCUCUUCCAUGAACAUGAAUGCCAACGAAACAUUAAAGAACCAAACAUCUCAUAACAUGUCUCUCAGGCCCACCGACUCCAGUUCAUCCAAGAUCAAGUCCCAACCAGCCGAACACCCAUUUGUCGAAAUUACCUUUGAUGCAACCUCUGGCAAGCUGCCAACCUGGGAUCAAACAAGAGAUGGAGAACUAAACUUGAGAAGCAGGAAGCCGCUCGAAUCCGACAGAAGGGUGGUGUCUGUGCAAGAUGCCGUACAAAACACCGCCGAGUAUGUGCUCUCCACUGUUCGCUCUGCAGCGCCGACUCUAGUCUAA